AUGCAGUCCGAACCACCCGCUUCAUCUGCGUCUGCGUCUAAGUCCUCUGGUGAGUCGUCAGGCGUGCCCUCGACGGCUUGCCGCCACGUAGUAUCUGGCAUGGAGUCUUCUUGCGAGGCUUCUGAAAACAUGGACAAUGAGAAUCAUCCAAGUAUUAUCCAGGAACUAAAGACACCCGUGGUUGUGCCUGGUCCGGUUGACUCUCCAUAUCCAAGUUGGGCUGCGUGGACAGCGUACCUGAAGGAUUAUGCCUUGCAGACGCGUCAGAUUAUCCGGGUCUUCGGAACACUAAGUUGCGUUUUAAGGAACAAGCGUCUGGCGAAUACUGUGGCCGCCAAGAAAGGUUUAGACGUUCCAUACGUGCCUGAGGACUGA